AGACGUCCGAGGCCUCGAUAUUCAAUUCCCACGCCUCGACCGUGUAUCGUUCCGAAGUGACUCGGAGCGAUAUUUCUCAGCAAGUAUCAACCAAGUCGACAACCGACUCCUCCCCUCGAUCCAUCUUUCCCGCUGAGUCUUCCUCGGCCGGUGUCGAGAUAUCACCGCAGCCAUGACGACCAUGGACCUCCGCGUCGGUAAUAAAUACCGUAUUGGCCGGAAGAUCGGCUCCGGCUCCUUCGGUGACAUCUACCUCGGGACCAACAUCAUCUCUGGUGAGGAGAUUGCCAUCAAGCUGGAGAGCGUCAAGGCCAAGCAUCCCCAGCUUGAGUAUGAGGCUCGCGUCUACAAGUCCCUGGCCGGUGGAGUUGGCAUCCCGUUCGUCCGCUGGUUUGGCACCGAAUGUGACUACAACGCCAUGGUCCUCGAUCUUCUGGGCCCCAGCUUGGAGGACCUCUUCAACUUCUGCAACCGAAAGUUCUCGCUCAAGACUGUUCUCCUUCUGGCCGAUCAGCUCAUUUCCCGCAUCGAGUACAUCCACGCCAAGUCGUUCAUCCACCGUGAUAUCAAGCCGGACAACUUCUUGAUGGGAAUUGGCAAGCGGGGCAAUCAGGUCAAUGUUAUCGACUUCGGUUUGGCGAAGAAAUACCGUGACCCCAAGACCCAUUUCCACAUCCCGUACAGAGAGAAUAAGAACCUUACCGGCACUGCCCGGUAUGCUUCUAUCAACACCCAUCUCGGUGUCGAGCAAUCUCGCCGCGACGAUAUGGAGUCUCUGGGCUACGUCAUGCUCUACUUCUGCCGUGGCUCUCUACCCUGGCAGGGCCUGAAGGCUGCUACUAAGAAGCAGAAGUACGACCGAAUUAUGGAGAAGAAGAUGACCACCCCGACCGAGGUGCUUUGCCGUGGCUUCCCCAACGAGUUUGCCAUCUACCUGAACUACACCCGGUCCCUCCGAUUCGAUGACAAGCCCGACUACAGCUACCUCCGCAAGAUUUUCCGUGACUUGUUCGUUCGGGAGGGCUUCCAGUACGACUAUGUCUUCGACUGGACCGUCUACAAGUACCAGAAGAACGCCCAGGCUAUUGCCCAGGCUGCCCAGACCACGGAGGAUAAGGGCCACCAGCGCACGGAUGCUGCCACCGGCCAGCCCACCACCCAGGCCGGCCCCAGCAAGACCCAGGGUAUCACGACCAACCGAGCCCGCAACAAGCUCAUUUCCGGUACUGGAGUCGACACCCCGGAGACCAACCGUGCCGUCGGUGGAAGCGACAGGAUGUGAGUGACAUGAAAGCCCAGCCCAAGCAUUCCUUGUAAGGAAUCAUAUUUCCUUCGAGUUUGGUGUGCUCAAUAACGCUGCCGGAGGAAAAUGCUGACAC